AUCCAAUAUAUCUGAAUCGCUGGUCUGCUCGAAAGCGCUGGGAAGUCAUGCAGGCGUGAUUGCAAAAAUGUAGACCAUUGGUGUCUGCUAUUUACGAUAGGAGCUUGAAGCAGCUUAGCGUUAAAGGAUUCAUAGCUCAAAAGCACUCAAGCACAGCUGAGAGCAUCUUAUUUUGAGAAAUGCCGAAGAAUAAAGGAAAGGGAGGAAAGAACAGACGGCGUGGUAAAAACGAGAGUGAGGAGAAGCGUGAGCUGAUCUUCAAGGAAGAUGGCCAAGAGUACGCGCAGGUGUUGCGCAUGCUCGGGAACGGCCGUUUGGAGGCAAUGUGUAUUGACAGCACCAAGCGGCUUUGCCACAUCAGAGGCAAGAUGCGGAAGAAAGUCUGGGUGAACACGGGAGACAUCAUCCUUGUUGGUCUGCGGGACUACCAGGAUGAAAAGGCUGAUGUCAUACUCAAGUACAUGGCUGAUGAGGCACGUAGCUUGAAGGCCUAUGGGGAACUGCCUGACAGCAUUCGUGUCAAUGAGACGGACACAUUCGCCGACGAGGACGGUGCAAACGACGAGUACUUUGAUUUCGAGGACAUCUCUGAGAUUUGAGGAGCUGGCUUCCCAAAUGUGGAGAGGGAGUGUGGAAGGUAGUUCAUGGGACACCACCAGGCACUGGCAGGCUGCUGUUCUGUCUGUGCUUGGGGCUUAAAUCUGCGGGGGACUUCAGGAUUCACAGGAGCGCAAGGGCACAUAACAAGAAUACAGUACAUUGACUGGAUAAACUGGUUGGCCAGGAUGGCGUCGGCCGUGUUGCCGCGUCUUUGCAUUCUGCAAGCACUGCUGCUAUAAGAGCCCCUCAGGAACCUUGCAGUAAAAGUAAGAUUAAGGGAUUGCCAGUGUUGGCCGCAAAGUCGCGCCAAAUCUAGCUUCAUGCAUCUGAUGCUGGGUCAAGAACCUUGCGAAUUGCAGCUUGAAGCUCAUAAGACAUUCAAAGUAGAUUUGGAAAUCUGAAUGAGCCCCUGCCUGCAGCUGCGCAUCAGCUGCUGUUCGCACUUGCCUGGUCAGUGACUGUCGACAAUUUGUUGACUCAACAGUGAUGCGUAUCCUAAAAAAGAUGUCAAAUUUCUGAGUGAUUGCCUGCCAGUCGAUAGCUUGAAACAGUUUGUCAUGUCACAUUAAUUUACCAUGAUGGCGA